UCCAUCCAGGUAAACAUGGCUGCUCAAAAACUCAGAAUUCAGUUAGAGCCUGAAAACUAAGAAAAGUUUUUAAUUGCUUUUAAUUAUUUAAAGAGGCUCUAAUGAUAUACCAAUAUUUCCAACUUGUCGUUUGUUCUUUUUUAUCUUUCUUUCUGUGAAUCUUACGUUUGAAGCUUGCUAGCUUGCUAUCUUCUCCAUAGAACAGGAUGAGUUCUCCAGCUAGCAGUAGCUGUCUUUCUACUAAAGGACUGGACAUAAGUCUGUCUGCCCUGCAGAGACAAGACCCCUACAUAAACAACAUUGUGGACGUGGCCAGCCAGGUCGCCCUGUAUACCUAUAAUAACAGGGCGAAUGAGUGGGAAAAGACAGAAGUGGAGGGCACUUUGUUUAUUUACACAAGAUUGGCAUCUCCCAGGCAUGGUUUCACGAUAAUGAACCGUCUUAGUGUUGAGAAUCUGACAGAGCCCAUCACAAAAGACUUGGACUUCCAGCUGCAGGAUCCUUUCCUCCUUUACCGGAAUGCACGAUUGGUUAUUUAUGGGAUCUGGUUCUACGAUAAGCAGGACUGUCAACAUAUUGCGCAAAAGAUGCGGAGUUUGACCCAGCAGGAGCAGAUCCUGGCUCAGUCUCACGGUGGAUCCAUAUCACCAGCAGCAGCAGCAGGAGGAGGAGGAGGAGGAGGAGGAGGCGGAGGAGGUGUUGGUUUAGUUGGGGGAAAUAAUGAGACCAAAGCGGUUGACAUCAUUCAGAUGUUGACUAAGGCACGAUCAGAAUACCACAAGUCUGCCUCAGAGCCAAAGGAGAUUGGAGGCAGCAGUGUUCUUUGUGGAAACCCUAACCUCAUUAAACCAAUUCCAGUUAAACCAACCACCCAGGUCAGUGAAGGUGCAGAAGCUCUGUUAGGCUCUGAACAUCAACAUCACCACGCUCUUAAAUCUGAAGUUCCUCCUGUUGCCCGCCCACCCGUUGCACGCACUCUGACCUACGAGGAUUCAGUCAACUCUGGCAGGAAUGCCGCCCCCACAGGUGGUGUAGACACAGGAGUCAAGCUGAUAGAUGGGGAAGACAGUGGGAACGCGCCACAUCAGCUGCCGAACCAAAUCCAACACUGUCCGGCCAUUGCAAAGCUCAUGCAGGGACCAAGGGGGGCAGCAGGAGCUGGUGGCGUACUACAAACACUGUCUGAGUCCCCCGAGAACCGGUUGUGUGAUAACGGAGUGCUGUUCCAACACCACCACCCCCACCUCCACCAUCAUCACCAUCACCAGCAGCUCCUCACCCAUCACCACCACCAGGAGCAGCACCACCACCAUGAUCCAAUAAAGAGAUUCCUGCAGGGCCAUCCACCUCCUCCACUUGCCACUUCUUUCACCUUCCCUGGUUCUCAGGCUUUGCACCAGAUCCCUCAUCUCGCCUCCCAGGCUGCCCAAGUGGAUUCUGUCUCACGGUCCCACCUGGAAGCACAACAAGGUCAGCAGCUGCUCCUCAGCCUGGUGAAGUUACAGACAGAAAUACAGCAGAGAGGGCAGGCAGAUCCUGCUGCUACAGGAACAGGUCUGUCAUCCCAGAUGCAAAGUGUGGUUUCUCCUCACGAGCUCCUCCAGAAACUCCAGCUGGUCCAGCAGGAACAGAGCCUGACUCCUCAUGAACAUCAUCGGACUCAUCCUCAUCCAGGACUAGCGCCUCGAUUUCAUGGAUCCAGUCAGAAUCAAAGUACAGGCUCAACCUUUGGCUCAGCCCCAACCCAGAUUUCAGGUGUCCAAGAUCAAAAAAUUGAGCCACAAUUUCAGAUCAUCUCCCCCCAGCGGAUACCUGCCACAGUGGCCCCCACUCUGCUCCUCUCUCCCAGUGUGUUCUCUCAGGCAAAGCCCAGCAGCAGGCCGCCGGCUGUUGCUCCAGACAGCCGCUCUGCAACCUCAACCUUACACAAACCCUCACUGCCAGAGGAGGUCACAGCUCUCUCUAAAAGCCAGCUUCAAGCAGCACUGCUGCAUCUGAUUCAGUCUGACAGCUCAUUCCUGGACUCCAUCUAUGAAGCAUACGUCAGCCGCUUUGCUAACGGCUCCAGCAGCAAGUACUGAUGACUCUACACAUCAGCUGUCUGUCUGCACACUCUCCCUGCUCGAAGGCAGAACCUGACACUUAGUGGACCUCUUCUUCUAAAUUACCAUGCUGUAUUUCAAUCUGGACAGUCUGGCUGUUCACUUAGAACAGGCUCUUAAAACAUAAUUACGGGUAUACAAAUGCAAAUAUAUAUACCGGUAUACAUUUUUUUUUUCCUUUAGCAGUCAUUUACAACUUUUAAAUAUUUGGACUGAUUAAAAAAAUUGGUACAAUUUAAUAAUUAGCAUGAUGGAUAAACUUGAAGUUUAAGUUGACAAUAGCUGGAACAUACUGUAUGGUUAAAAAAAUGUUCAGACUGGAUGAUAUUUUGCACAGUUUAUUCAGGUAUGUAUAUAUAUAAUACUUUUAGCAAUAGCCAGCCAACUAGACUCAAAACAUAUUCUUUCAUUUUUAUUAUUAGUUUUUAUUAGAUUUCUUGUUCAAGAUGUGAUCAAAUGUGGUUAUCUGUCUGCAGCGUUCAAAGUUUGACUUUACUUUUGUUGUUUUUUUCUUUGUAAAAUUCAAUAAGAGUUUAUAUGUCAAUUAACAUUAUAAAGAAGUAUUGAAUUAUUUCAUCAAGCAUGUGACAUUUAAAGGGCAUUUAUUAUUAUUUUCCUUAUUUAAUUGUGUUCAGGCUUGUAGCUCUGAACUGUUAUUUUUGCAAAGCUUGGAAUCCAGAAAUAAUAGUAAAAAUGUGCCUUUGAUUACACUCACUGGGACAGAAUCAUUGCUCACAAUAAGUUAACGUUGAAAAAAAAAUAGAAGUUCUGACAGCAAUCAGGUAACCUUCCAAAAUCUCUUCCUGUUCUGACCAGCAAUGUCACUCAGACAUGUCGGCACAUUCCAACAAGCAAAAUAUGUUGUUUCGGAUGGCUUGCUCUAUGUGAGCGUAUCAUGCAGUCUUUGUAAAUGUGAUUUAGUCUUGGAGUAAAACUGCAUUAAAGUAAUCUAGCUCUAAAAAUAUUUCCCCAUCACUAUCUAAGCUCUCUAAGUAUGUCUCCAGUUAGUUUGACGGCGACUACGUGGUAUUUGAGCUUAAAUCAUUCAAUCAUUCAUUUGGUUGCAGCAGAAGCAAAUAUAUUUUGGCUAUAUAAAUAUAAGAAAUAGUGAAAUUGGAAUUAUCUUAUCAUAAUAUUUUGAAAAAAAAAAAACAUUUUUAAUGACCGAGGGAAUUAAAGUAACAACCUCUGUUUAUGUUUAACCGGUAAACUUCAGUACCUAGUUCGUUCAGAUGUCUUAUCUCCUUCCCUCUGAUUUUAAUUGGUGUAAAAAUGACAGAUAACUUCUUUGAAAAAUAAUGUGAAAGAUGAUUAAUAUUUGAAUAACUCAAGAUUAGAUUUUUGUUCUUAUAGGUUUUAGACUAUUAUGUAAAAUAUUUGCCCUUUAAAUGAAGAUUGUUCAAAUUUAACAGAUUGAGCAGAGCUACAGUCAGAUAUUUCUUUUUUAACGUGUUUCAAUCGGGGUCCUUUGGGAAAAACUUUCAUGGCUCUUCAAGGGAUUAGUAGUUCUCUUUGAGCUAAGCAUCAAAUUUUUGAGUUCAACAUCUAGUCCAGCUUAAAGAAACAAAGCAGCUUAAGAAAACCUGCACUACCUCAGACUCUGCUUAUAGGACUUGGAGGAUUUAUUUGAUUUUAUGAGGGGACAGCCGUUUUUUUAUAUUAAUAAUAUACUUUAUUUUUACUGUCUGGAACCUUUUAGGAUAACAGCAUUGUUUAGAAAAAGGUAGAAGUAGUGCACAAAAACACAUUAUAACAGGUAAGAAAAUAAUAAUAUGCAAGGUUAGCUGAUAAAAUGUUCUCGCAGUGGCGAUGUUUUAACUCAGGUUGUUGCCACACAGCAAGCUUCAUAAAUUAGGCAACAAAAAUAUCAAUAUGUCAUCUGGAGAAUUUGCACUGACGUUCAUUUUAUUCACUUCCUACUUUUUAAGUCUAGUUGAGCUGAUCUAUUUAGUUAAUUAAACUUUUUUUUUUUUAUCAAUACUAUUUGCCACCAAACCAAGUUUGUUUUGUUUUGAAAUAUGUUACAGAGUCGGUGUGUUUUUAGCUUUUGCUGUAACUUGUACAGAGGCAGUCCCAACAAAGAAACGACAGAGGAUGUUUAAUUAAAAAGUUAUUUUUCUAUUUUAAAAUAAUAUGUAGCUUUCAUAACACCAAUAUAAACAACAUGCAUUUAAUUUCUAAAAUUGUUUAUAUUUUAAUUCAAAUAUUGUCUAAUUGAUUGUUUUUAUCUGUAUAAUUUGAGGCAUUUUGUUCAAAAGAGUGUUAUAAUAGUGUUUUUUUUUUUUUUUUUAAAGUUGUUUAAUAAAUGUUCCAAUCCAAACUCCCAGCGUUUUUCUUUUGGCUGUUAGUUUCAUUGCUUUUAUGAUCAUUUCUCCUGAAGAUGGAUGAAACCCAGAUUUAACACUAAUCCCUAAAAAUGUGUUCUCAUUAUUGCUUUAUUGCCACUUCAUUGCCUUGUUUUAAAGCAAUCGAUGGUGCAGCGUAAUGUCCACAGUGAUUAAUCAGCAGCUGCUCCACGUCCAGCCGAAAGAGCUUGGUAAUUAACCGCAACAAAUGCAAUGUCUUUUUUUUUUCCAUGUGUUUGAGGGGUUUUUUUAAGCUAGGCAUGAUACAAGGGAUGGAGAAAAGGUGUCUAACAUUAAACUGAUGGAUUUGAAGACCUCUCUUUGAUAUAGCUGUCUCUUACCAGGGUUAAAUUAGACAUAAAAG